AAAUCCUGGAGGCAAACUUUGGGGGAAUAAGGAAGCCUGGGAGGGGCCUAAAGCUUAACCCUCUCAACCCGGGACAAGAAACGGAGACCAACUGGGCUGACUGGGCGUUGACUCCCUCCGCGCUCGCCUGGUAGGCUACCAUGGCCCCCGAGAGGGGCUGAAGCUCAGUUCCCGGUGCUGGCGAGAUCCCGCCCGGAGAAAGAAGGAAAAAGACGCCAGUGAGGUAGCCUCCGAGGCCAGGAGGUAACACAGCUUGAGCCGGAGCCCAAUUCAGUCAGGACCACGAGAUGCCCGUGUUGAAGCAGAUGGGCCCUGUGCAGCCCAAGAAGCGGCUGGAGCGCGGAGCCCUGUCCAUCUCAGCGCCCCUUGGAGACUUCAGGCACACAUUGCACGUGGGGCGCGGUGGCGACGCCUUCGGGGACACCUCGUUCCUGAGUCGCCACGGGGGCGGGGGCGGGCCGCCCCCGGAGCCCCGUGCACCUGGAGCCCUGCAUUCUCUUCCUCCACCUGAAGUCUCACAGCCCCCUGCACCUGGUCUCCGCGUGCCCUCACCUGCCGACCCGCUACUCUCCUUCCACCUGGACCUGGGCCCCUCUAUGCUGGACGCGGUGCUAGGCGUCAUGGACGCGGAGCGUGAGGAGGCAAAGGCCACCAAGCCCAUCGGGGACGUCCCCCCUGGAAUGCAGCAUCAGAAGGCCCACUGCCGCUCCAAUGCUGACCUCCAGCUGGACGAUGCCAUCGGCUUGUAGUGUCCUGCCUGUACCCCUCCCUCCCCACAUCCCACUUUUUUACACAUAAAUGGUCGAGGUUUGCGC